UGGUGUCCACACGGUUUAGCCUGGUUUACACAUAGUAAAGGAGGGUGGGGUGUACUAUGUAGCACCAUUCGAUGGCACUGAGGUCUGACAAGCAGACACAAUGGUCGAGACAUACAAUCUUUUAGCCAGAGAUAGCCGUCUAGUUUCCACCAUCCAUGCUCUGCAGGCGCUUUCUCUCUGUUUGUCUGUAUGUCUGUCAAUUGUCAGAUACCAAAUGUCAAGCUUAUGCCAAGUUAAUAUCCCGCUGCGGCCUGUCACAGUUGAGUCCGCCACGCCUUCUACCGACAGUCACCAAAACCCCGAUAGUCCUCCUGGUCACGCCUCCAAGCGUCCCACAGGAGCUCAGACGCUUCCGUGUCCCAAGCCAGCCAUGUCUACGUGGAAUGAAAAGAGUAAUUCUGGAAAUAUUGAAACAAAAGAACAUCGAGGGUGUAUAUUAGAUUAAUUCUCUUGAGCCAAGUGCUUCGCCAUGCCAGUCGGUCCGGAAAGC